AUGCCUAAACUACCUAGCGGCAUAUGUGAGGCCGAGAAUGCACAGUCGCCUAAUGAAGAACUAUCAGCUUCAAAUAUCCCACACGAUCAAGGAUCCACAGUCAAAUAUAGUUUCAACCAUGGGGUCUCGGCCACAGAUACAGCAUCUCCACUCACCACGGUGCAGCUAUACUACGGUUCAACAUCACAAUUUGCCUUCAUGCAUGAGUUCCAUCAGGAGAUGAUGCCCGAUCGGGCCGACCAGUCUAAUGAGACUCGAGGGGGAGUUAUGGAGACGGGGCCUGGACUGGAUAUGUUCAACUUUCGGCCAAUUUUCUUUGGUCGCCCAUUCGAGACCGAUGGUGUUUCAGGAAAGCCCGGUGAUGGAGGAACUGGAGAGCUUGUUGUCCUCAUCGACAAAGACCUAGCAAAGACUUUCUUGGAACGGUAUUUGUCGACGUCAUAUUACUUGGCAACAUUUCGACCAGCGGAAAAUUUUCGUCGACAUUUGGAGAGCUUAUAUAGUCCAGUACCUGGAUCUGAGAUCGAUACGUGGUCCCGGUUAGUUAUCUUCAUGGCCUUAGCCCUAGGCUCUCUAGGCACAACUCACUGCGAAUGGGGUGAUAUUCUGUUCCAAAGGGUCAAUGAUACUAUUACCUCGAUGAGUGAUGUGUUCCAAACUGAACAAGGGAGAUUCAAUUCCUCAUUCUUGCAUCUUGGUACAGCAGCCAGGAAGGCUAUCUCUGCCGGGCUGCAUAAAGAGCCCCCAGCGAACAGUGACGAUGGUAGUGAAAGCGUCGAAGAGAGACGAGAUACAUUCUGGUCACUUUACUUUUAUGAAACUUGGGUAACAUUCCACCUGGGCAGACCAAGCGCCAUUUCACCAAGAGAUAUCAAUAUCAAACCCUCCGCGAAUCCAUUCUUACAAACUCUGGUUACUCUGUGCCAGGUUAUUCACCGUUCAGUGGAUGGGAUAAACGGCCAACAUGAGAAAUCAUUGCUACAGAUGUGGCACAUAGCUAGAUCCGUCAUGGACAACCUACGGACCUACGAUGCCUGCAUGCGCCGCGCGCUUGGUACUGGCCUAUCUAGUAAACCUCGGCCAGGAAGCCUAGGGGUACAACAGACAAUAUUAAUAACAUUAUACUACCAUGUCAUCCUUCUAACAUAUCGACCAUUCUUACUCUUCCGUCGACGAUGGCACCGGACUCCCCAUGACCCAGCCCAGGCGGCAGGGGCAGGUGCACAAAUGCCCAACUGGCUAAACGAGGCGUGUAACUGUGCCCUUAACGCUGCUUGUCGAACUAUAGAAUAUCUGUGUGAAGCAGCCCUCACAAAUGAGCUUGUCAGAGUACGUUACUGCCUUCUUUACUGGGACAUUGAAUUUAAGGAAUGGCAGGAAGCCCGCUAUCAUGGUUACUUCUUAAGUAGUGCCUGUUUCGUCCUCGCCUACAAUAUUGUCCACGGAGAAAAUGAAAGUUCAGUUCCAUCUUACAUCCCUUGGAUCCAUGCUGCGAUACGCUGUCUCGAAUCGAUGCGACCUGGAGAUCCCAUAAACACUUUCAUUGCCGCCAUCCGAAACAUUCUAACGAAAAUUAGUUCUUUAUGUCAGUUGCGCCAGUCAGCGAUGAAAGAUAAGCUCUUUGUACCCGACUUUGAACAAAGUCCUCCGUUUGGUAUACCCAAGCUCGGAGACGGGGUGGGCAAUGGAGAAACUCACCAGCCUCCGUCUGACGAGGUUGAACCAGUGUGUCAUUUUUCAGAAGAGCUCUGUUCGACAAGCAUAGAUUUGGAUCAUGUCAGUGAAGUAGAUCUUGCCGUUUCCUACUCUGGCUGGACUCGAAAUCUCAACUAUGAACUUGGCGGCUGUUGUUUCGCCUUGUCUUAA